AUGCCAUCAUUUCGAAGUUCUCGUCGAGUUACCGGCCUCAAAGAUAGUGACUACGACCACGAGAUAAACCUUGUCAAUCACGACGACCGCGUUGCGUCCCCGAGCAUCGAGACCAUUGGCGGAGUUACGCGCGCAUCAACCCGAUCACGACUGCUUCAAGAUGAAGACCAAGAGGGGGGGCAUAAUGCAAAUGCAUGCGCGAACGGCGCUACGGACUGCGACGCUGGUCAUGAUUCUAGCCCCUAUCGGCAAUCAAUAGAACGAGAACAGAACCAGCAGCCCAAGUCCGCAAAACGAAAGGGUGCGCCAAUGCUCGAGCCUCAAACCAUCGCCGCUACCAACGCACCAUCAAUCCAAGUCGAAGCAGAGCGAGAAACGGCCGUCGACGUCCUGUGGGAGAACGAGAGAGGCUGUAUAGCCUGCGGCAUCGCCCUAUUUUCUGGGAAGGCGCUAGGCAACCUCGACCCCUCGCCAUGGCAGAACCAGUUUCACAAGACAAGUCCCACAACGAUCAAGACGGCCCAGGUUCCCGAUCCAUCAUGGGAGUGGGCAUGGCCUGAGUGGAGGGUCCAUCGACCCGAAGGCGUCACCACGGAUGAAUUCGGAUGGGAAUACUCGUUCAUGUUCUCCAAGAAGUUUUCCUGGCAUGGCCCGAAGUGGUGGAACUCAUUCGUUCGCAGGAGGUGCUGGGUUCGCAAGCGAAUCAAGAAGAAACCCGAGAACAUUUCAGAUGACCCCCAUAUGCUGAACUCGGAUUAUUUCACAGUAACGCCAGCCAACCACAGCCGCUCAUCGAGCGUAGCGGGCAGCAGACGAGGUAGCGUUGGCAAGACGAGCAUGCAGACGAGUAUGGUGGAGGAAACGCCUGACAUAGAGGAUGUAUGGACGCUCAUGGCGGUUCUGCGAGCUUCGCGGAUCGACCGCGAGAAGAUUGAGGCCGUCGAAAACUAUCUGGCACACACUAAAGACAACCUCGAGCACUUGCAAGAUGAGAUGCACGAUAUAAUGGGCAUUUUCGUUUUCCAGGCCUCAAGAAGGCUUCUGCUGAGUCGCUUGACGCAGAUCUAUGAUGAUGCGAUCGCCGCAGAUGAGGAGCAGGAGGGCGACAAUGGCAUGGCCAAGGAGAGAAAGGAGCAUCUUGCUGCGGCUAUCAAGCACGCCGACGAGGAGGUAAAACGAUUGUCGUAUUGGAGCGACGUCAAGGGCUUGGCAGAGAAUGGCGAAGCCAAGCACGCUGUGGCAGAAAAUGAAGGUUGGAACGAGAGUUGGCAGGGCGUUGAUCAGAGCGGCCCGGCACACGUCAACUCUGGCGCCUUGCCCGGGUCUCCAAGUAAGUAA